AGGAGAGGACUUUUUAAUUUCUGCAACAAGGAACUCUUUUUGUAUCCUGCUCACAGACAGACAGAGAGAAAAACAGGUCGGACGGGUAAAGAGACGCAAACAAACAGGAGGCGAGAGAAGCUCCGACACCCAGGCGGAGACACCGGGAAGUCGCAGCGCUUCAAGCCGGGACAAGGAGCGCGACCGCCGGCAUGAAGAUCGAGUUCGCCCCGCUGAACGUCCCGCUGCAGCGGAGACUGCAGACCGCCGCCACGCUGCAGUGGGUCUUCUCCUUCCUGGCUCUGGCUCAGUGCUGUCUUGCUGCCAUUGUCCUCCUGGCUCUCUCUGAUUGGUGGAUGGGGGCCCUGCUGUAUGCCGGUUGGCUGUGGUUGGACUGGGACACGCCCAGCAGCGGCGGUCGGAGGUCGCAGUGGGUCAGGACCUGGAGGGUCUGGGACUACUUCAGGGACUACUUCCCUCUAAAGCUGGUCAAAACUGUCGAUCUGGAUCCAAAGAAAAACUACAUCUUCGGGUUUCAUCCCCAUGGUGUGCUGGUAGCGGGGGGCUUUGGAAACUUCUGCACGGAGGCGACGGGUUUUUCCCGACUCUUUCCUGGACUGAAGCCUCACCUGCUGAUGCUGCCGUUCUGGUUCAGAGUCCCGCUCUUCAGAGAGUACAUCAUGUGUGGAGGCCUGGUGUCCAGCUCUAAGGCCAGCCUGUCAUACCUGGUCAGUCGUCCUGAAGGAGGUAACGUUGCUGUCAUCGCGGUGGGCGGAGCUCCAGAGUCUCUGGACGCCCGACCGGGAGCUUUAACGCUGCAGGUCCGAAACAGGAAGGGCUUCAUCAAACUGGCUCUCAAACACGGGGCUCAGCUGGUUCCUGUCUUUUCCUUUGGAGAGAACGAGUUGUUUGAUCAGAUGGAGAAUCCCACCGGCUCUCCUCUGAGGACGCUGCAGAACCGGCUGCAGAGCAUCAUGGGAGUCGCGAUGCCUCUGUUUCACGCUAGAGGAGUUUUCCAGUACAGCUUUGGACUGUUGCCCUACAGGAAGCCCAUCAACACCAUUGUGGGGAAGCCGAUACCAGUUGUCCAGACUCCCAGUCCCAGCAGUGAGGACAUCGAGUGUCUCCAUAAAGUUUACCUGGAGAGUCUGAGUGAACUGUUCGAGCAGCACAAACACAGCUACGGCCUCGACGAACACCAGCACCUGACCUUCAUAUAGACCCCUGACCUUCAUAUAGACCCCUGACCUUCAUAUAGACUCCUGACCUUCAACUCCUGACCUUCAUAUAGACCCCUGACCUUCAUAUAGACCCCUGACCUUCAUAUAGACUCCUGACCUUCAUAUAGACCCCUGACCUUCAUAUAGACCCCUGACCUUCAUAUAGACUCCUGACCUUCAUAUAGACCCCUGACCUUCAUAUAGACUCCUGACCUUCAUAUAGACUCCUGACCUUCAACUCCUGACCUUCAUAUAGACUCCUGACCUUCAUAUAGACCCCUGACCUUCAUAUAGACACCUGACCUUCAUAUAGACACCUGACCUUCAUAUAGACACCUGACCUUCAUAUAGACUCCUGACCUUCAUAUAGACUCCUGACCUUCAUAUAGACACCUGACCUUCAUAUAGACACCUGACCUUCAUAUAGACUCCUGACCUUCAUAUAGACACCUGACCUUCAACUCCUGACCUUCAUAUAGACUCCUGACCUUCAUAUAGACACCUGACCUUCAUAUAGACACCUGACCUUCAACUCCUGACCUUCAUGUUACCUGUUUACAUGACCUUAUGUGGUCUUUAGCUGACCCCGAGCUGUUCCAUGUGUGUGUCAUCAACUCCUGACCUUCAUAUAGACUCCUGACCUUCAUAUAGACUCCUGACCUUCAACUCCUGACCUUCAUAUAGACCCCUGACCUUCAUAUAGACUCCUGACCUUCAACUCCUGACCUUCAUAUAGACUCCUGACCUUCAACUCCUGACCUUCAUAUAGACUCCUGACCUUCAUAUUGACACCUGACCUUCAACUCCUGACCUUCAUAUAGACUCCUGACCUUCAACUCCUGACCUUCAUAUAGACUCCUGACCUUCAUAUUGACACCUGACCUUCAACUCCUGACCUUCAUAUAGACACCUGACCUUCAUAUAGACUCCUGACCUUCAUAUAGACUCCUGACCUUCAUGUUACCUGUUUACAUGACCUUAUGUGGUCUUUAGCUGACCCCGAGCUGUUCCAUGUGUGGACAUUGCUGUCAACCUGCCCGAGUCUUAUACUGAACACUGCUAGAACCCAUUGAGACCAUUGAUUUGAUUGGGAAAUGCUAACACUGCUAGCAUCCCAUUGAUUGCAGUGCUCAUUAAUUUGAAUUGGAAAUGCUAGCGUUAGCAGAGCAUCUAGUUGCUAGCAGUGUUACUGUUAGCAGAACCCAUUAAUUUCACUGAACAAUGCUAGCGUUGUUACCAGUGUCCACGUUGACGUGAAUGAGUUCCCAUUGGUUUAUACGGGGCCCCUGGGGUUUUAGGUUAUGCUAACAGCGUUAACAGGAACCAGUGGUGUGAAUAGUGGAUGCUAAUACUGCUAGCAGGGCCCAUAGAUUUAAAUGGGGCAGGCUAACGGAGUUCUCGCGGUGUGUUUAAGAGCUUUGUAAAGAUGAAUGGUUGUUCUGUUUCUGUGAAAUAAAGUGACAUCACAUGAUGAUGCAACACAUGAUGACGUCCAGAGGAGA